AUGCCGAACAGCGAUUCGAUCCAUAUUCGCGAGGUGUGGAACGAUAAUCUUGAAGAAGAGUUCGCUAUGAUUCGUGAAAUCGUCGAUGAUUACCCUUGCAUCGCGAUGGACACUGAGUUCCCUGGUAUCGUUCUUCAACACUUGGGCGACUCCAAGAACAGCUUGGAUUUACGUUACCAUAACCUGAAGAGCAAUGUUGACAUUCUGAAACUGAUCCAGUUAGGUCUCACCUUCUCCGACGAACAAGGUAACCUACCAACUUGCGGCACCGAUAGCCAAUGCGUCUGGCAAUUUAAUUUCCGCGAAUUCAAUGUGGACGAAGACGCUUCCUUCAAAGCUUCGAUUGAGCUAUUGAUACAGAGUGGUAUCGAUUUCAAGAAGCACAAAGAAAACGGCGUUAACGCGAUGCGUUUUGUGGAGCUCUUGAUGUCGUCUGGGGUUGUGUUGAAUGAUAAUGUUUACUGGGUCACUUUUCAUAGUGCAUAUGAUUUUGGAUAUUUGAUUAAGAUCUUGACGUGUCGCGAUUUGCCUGAUACACGAAUGGGAUUCUUUAAUCUAGUCAACAUUUACUUCCCAAUUGUAUAUGAUAUUAAGUAUCUUAUGAAGUUUUGCGAUGGCCUUUAUGGAGGACUCAACAAGCUUGCAAAGUUUUUGGGGGUUCAGAGGGUUGGGACUUCUCAUCAGGCUGGUUCAGAUAGUUUGCUCACACUUUGUUCAUUCAUGAAAUUGAGGGAGAUUUUCUUUAGUGACUCCUUGGAAAAUUAUGCUGGUGUUUUGUUUGGCUUCGAGGAUGAUUAG